UAAAGGUAGAAGUAACCAUAGCGAACGUCGUUUUAUUUCUUAUUCCCCACGUUUCAAAAAAACCGUGAAAUUUUCUUAAUCUGUUGGCCUUCUUCCACGAUUCCUCUGACCUUUCUUCUUCACUUUUAAUUUCUGGUCUUCGGUGAUACCCAAUCUAUCUUCCGUUCAAAUCCCAAACCCCCUUCGCAUCCAAUGCCCUAGUUUCGCUCCAUUCUCUCCGGUUCCUCCCCACGAUGUCCAGCGACACCUCCUUCGCGGACCACAAGCUCUGCGGUUUCCUCUGUACGGUUCUCACACUCACUCCCCGCGACGACUCAGACACCACCGACAUACCCUUCCCCGAGCCAUGCGAAAUCUUCGGCGAAGGGGGCGAGGUCGGCUUCCGGACCCCGAACGGCGUCGUUCUGGGCCCGGUGCUCGAUUCGUUGCAAUGCGGCGGUGGCGGCGGUGGCGGCUCCAACAAGAUCAAGAGAAGGAACAAGAUUGGAAUGGUGAACGGGAGCGUGAGCGUGGUUCACCAGCUCCACGCCAUGGUCACUCGCAAGUGCGCCAGAAUCGACGCUCGCGUGGUGUGCGUUGAAGCGCUUCCUAGGGUUGUGGUGCUGGUUGACGUGUAUGUCCCCGUUCAGGUAUGGAGUGGCUGGCAGUUUCCGAGAUCGGGACCCGUCGCUGGCGCCGUUUUUCGCCAUUUGAGCUGUGAUUGGAAUGAGAGACGUUCAAUGCUUUCAUAUCCAGACUAUUGUAGGAAGACUUAUGGAGCAAAUGAGAGCAUUUGGAACCUUUCUGAUUGUCAUGUACUUGGUUGCAAGCUCCAUUCCGGUGUGAGCAAUUCUUCAAGGAAAAUACUAUUUCAACUUCAUGAAAUUUUUAAGGCACUACCUGGUGUAGGAAAGCGGCAGACAUUUAAUAGUUCCAAGAUAAUACCUAUGGAUAACAUUUGCAGAUCAGGCAUUUGGGAGUUAUCUGAUGAUAUUUUAACUAAGAUUUUAGCUUCCCUGGGCCCAAUGGACCUCACUAGGGUUUCUGCAACAUGUCAUCAUUUAAGAUCCUUGGCUGCUUCGGUAAUGCCUUAUACCAAGUUAAAUCUGUUUCCUCAUCAGAGGACAGCAGUUGAGUGGAUGUUGCAUCGUGAGCGAAAUGCUGAGCUUUUGCCACAUCCGUUAUUUGUAGCUCUCUCAACUGAAGAUGGCUUUAGUUUCCAUGUAAAUACUGUAACUGGUGAUAUUGUUACUGGGGAAGCUCCCACCGUCAAGGAUUUUCGUGGAGGAAUGUUUUGUGACGAGCCUGGCUUGGGUAAGACUGUAACAGCUCUCUCUCUUAUUAUGAAGACGCGAGGUACAUUGGCAGACCCGCCAGAUGGGGCACAAGUAGUCUGGUGUCAACAUAAUGGUAAUCAGAAAUGUGGAUAUUACGAGGUCAGUGUUAGUGGUAAUCACAUCACUGGUUGUACUACCUUGGGUAAGAGGGAUGUGUGCCAAGAUACCAGCAGAACUAAUGAUAACCAUGAUUACUCCUCCAAAAGAGCCAGAUUGAUAGAUCCUGAUCAGCAAAUAACUAAACUUCAUGAUUCAUGUUCCAGGGAAGAAAACAAAUCACCUGUUGAUGCAUGUUUCAAGGAAUCUAUGCAUUCAAAUCAGUUCACUGGGAGUUUGAGUCGCAUAAAGAAAAAUCUACAUUUCACAUUUGAAGAUGAAGCUAUGAUUUCCAAGGAAAGAGAAAUUGGUGAAGGAUUAAUUAAAGCAAAGCAUGCAUUAGAUGUUACAUCUCAUGUAUCUCAAAACAAGUCGCCUGGGAAGCCUAAAGGUGACUGUUUUGAGUACAAUGAUACAUGGAUUCAGUGUGAUGCUUGUCACAAGUGGCGAAAGCUUGUAGACAAUAGUAUGGCUAAUUCUAGUGCAGCAUGGUUUUGUAGUAUGAACACUGACCCUCUGUAUCAAAGUUGUAGUGUCCCUGAACAACAUUUUCAUAAUAUCUGUAAGAUAACACACUUGCCAGGGUUUCAUUUGAAAGGAACUUGUGGAGGUGAGAAACAAAAUGUUUCUUUUUUCACUAGCGUGCUUAAGGAGCACUACUCCUUGAUAAAUUCUCAGACAAAGAAGGCCCUGACGUGGUUGGCUAAAAUUUCAACAGACAAGCUUGCAGGAAUGGAAACAAAUGGCAUCAGGGGUCCUAUUUUAAACAUUUGUACUGCAUCUAAUAGACAUUUCCACAAAAUAUUUCAAGCAUUUGGCCUCUUAAAGAGAGUAGAGAAAGGUGUUUGCAAGUGGUACUACCCUCAACAUCUUAACAAUUUGACUUUUGAUGUGGCUGCCCUUGGCAUGGCUCUCCGUGAACCAUUAGAUUUUGUUAGGUUAUACUUGUCAAGAGCUACCCUGGUAGUUGUUCCAGCAAACUUGGUUGAUCAUUGGAAAACGCAAAUAGAAAAGCAUGUGAGGCCUGGUCAAUUGCGGGUUUAUGUUUGGACUGAUCAUCAAAAGCCAUCUGUGCAUUGUCUUGCAUGGGAUUAUGAUGUUGUCAUAACUACUUUUAGUCGUUUGAGUGCAGAGUGGGGCCCACGUAAGAGGAGUGCUUUGAUUCAAGUGCAUUGGUUUAGGAUAAUUUUAGAUGAAGGGCACACUCUUGGGUCAAGCCUGAACUUAACAAACAAGUUGCAAAUGGCUAUUUCAUUGAUAGCUUCAAAUCGAUGGAUACUAACAGGAACUCCAACGCCUAACACUCCUAACAGCCAACUUCCUCAUCUACAACCAUUGCUAAGGUUCCUUCAUGAAGAAUCUUAUGGACUGAAUCAAAAGUCAUGGGAAGCUGGUGUGCUUAGGCCAUUUGAAGCAGAGAUGGAGGAAGGGAGGUCUCGUCUGUUACAUUUACUUCAAAAAUGCAUGAUUAGUGCUAGAAAGAUAGAUUUACAAAGCAUUCCACCAUGCACGAAGAAAGUUGUUUAUCUAGAUUUUAAUGAGGAGCAUGCUAGGAGUUACAAUGAAUUGGUAAUCACUGUACGACGUAAUAUAUUGAUGGCUGAUUGGAAUGAUCCUUCACAUAUUGAGAGUCUACUGAAUCCAAAACAGUGGAAAUUUCGUAGUGCAACUUUAAAAAAUGUGAGGCUUUCAUGCUGUGUUGCUGGACAUAUUAAAGUUACACAUGCUGGAGAAGAUAUUCAAGAAACAAUGGAUAUGUUAGUACAAAGUGGUCUGGACCCUACUUCAGGAGAGUAUACCUCCGUAAGAUAUAAUCUCUUGUAUGGUGGUCACUGUGUCAGGUGCAAGGAAUGGUGUCGCCUUCCACUCAUUACCCCAUGUCGGCAUCUGUUGUGCCUUGAUUGUGUUUCUAUAGACAAUACCAAGUGUACUUAUCCUGGCUGCAGUAAAUUGUAUGAGAUGCAGAGUAGAGAGGCCCGACCUGAAAAUCCUAAACCGAAGUGGCCUGUACCCAAAGAUCUUAUUGAGCUACAACCUUCAUAUAAGCAGGAUAAUUGGGAUCCUGAUUGGCAAUCUACAUCUAGUAGUAAAGUCUCCUAUCUCGUCCAGAGGUUGAAAGCUUUGCGAGGAACCAAUGAAGAGACAUACUUCAAUACAGAAAAUAGCAAUGAUGAUUUGCAUAUUGAGAAUAGUUUGCAUAGAAGUGAUGACAAAUCAUCAAUUCAGACAUGUUCUAUGAGCAGCACUAAGACCAAUUUGAACCCUGAGAAAGUUCUGAUAUUUUCUCAAUUUCUUGAGCAUAUACAUGCCAUUGAACAGCAGUUGACUAUUGCUGGUAUCAAAUAUACUGGAAUGUAUAGCCCAAUGCAUUCCAGCAACAAGAAGAAGUCAUUAGCCAUGUUCCAGCAUGAUUCAAAUUGUAUGGCACUUCUGAUGGAUGGAAGUGCUGCAUUGGGUCUUGACUUGAGUUUUGUUACGCAUGUAUUUCUAAUGGAGCCAAUUUGGGACCGAAGUAUGGAGGAGCAAGUAAUUAGUCGUGCUCAUCGUAUGGGUGCUUCUCGUCCUAUUUAUGUGGAAACAUUAGCAAUGCGUGGUACAAUUGAAGAGCAAAUGCUAGACUUUUUACAGGAUGCUGAUAACUUUAGAAGAUCACCAAUUAAGGAUGCUACCGAAUCUGUUGAUGAUAGUGGGGGACGAGGAUAUAGAUCAUUGCAUGAUUUUGCUGAGAGUAGUUAUCUACUGAAACUUAGAUCUGUGUAUACUAAUUUGGAAAGUCCAAAAGGUGUUUGAUUGAUCAACAUCAAGCAAGUACUGACUAAUUUACUUGGAGCAAGUCCUGUGUACAUUUUGCAAGUUUGCAUGCUCUUGAAUAUGGUUUUACUUUUUGAGUAUAUAGUCUUACAAGUGCUCAUCUAAUGAGAGAUGCUUCCAUAUGCAUUGGAGAGUGGAAACUAUUCUUUUUGUGCAGAUUAUGGAGCUAUUUGCAGCGUCGCUUCUGUUUGCCAGUGAUUAAUGAAAUACCGGAAGUGUCCCUGCUUAUUCUUAUGUAAAGGAUUUAGUCUAGUUGAUUUGAUGUGAUCUAGUAGGCAAUUUGGAGUCAAGUAUUCGAAUUGAAAUAAAAUGUUGAGUUAUUGGAAAACAAGUGUUCUCCCACACCCUUUCUCUUAACAGUAGGUAAUAUUGAAAAAUCAUAAUAACCCUUGCCCCCUAAAAUUGGUGAUAUCAUGUAUGUUCUUAUGACUAUCGAUUUCAUUAUAUGCAGCUAAUAUUGUAAUUAUUAGCAA